AUGUGUUCCAAUGCGAUGGGGACUGGUGUGAUUUGGAUAGCACAAAGGCACAGACUUUUGCCACAGCUCUCGAUGUAUGUGGCUUGGCAUGUGGGUUCAGUGCCUGGAUACGAUCAUCCGCCCAAGGAACGGGCAUCCGUCCCCUCUUAUACUCAUGGUCUGCCCUGUCAUGUGGCCAUGUUUUUCACCCUGGUUGCGCUUGGCUUAGCGUCGAAGAAGUAUGGUGGGAUUUCCAAUCUGUGGGCUGCAGCGCCUGUGUCCGGCCCCCCGAAGUGCAUCGAGGGGCUGCGACAGGACAUGGCCAGUCGCCGGGAUGAAUGUCACAGGGCGGUCGCAGGUACUGCGGAGGGCUCGUCGAGGUGUUUUGCACCACAUGACCAGCAUUUUGUGGCGUUCGCAUGGAUUUUAAAAGCACUGAAGGAAUGA